UAUUUCCGAAGUAGUUUCAGUGUAACGUUCAACAUAACUGUCUCGAGAAGAUUUUAAUUGUGAUAUCAACAUGAAAGAAAAAGAAGAGAACAGCACUAAGAAAGAAAUAGAAAAGCGAUCUGUAAAUUGGGUUCUUGUUCUUUUUUAUCUAUACCUUCAUAUCCUCGGUAUUGCCGGGAUGUAUUUUCUAUUUACCAAAGCGAAAUGGAUUACGGUAUUUUAUCUUUUAUUCCUCGUCACGAUGAGUUCCAUAGCAUUGACAGCCGGUGUACAUCGAUUAUAUGCACAUUCAACUUUUGCCGCAACAUCGCAACUUAAACUCUUCAUUAUGCUAGCACAUACUCUUGCAGGCGUAGGUCCGAUACAAGACUAUGUAUUUUGGCAUAGAAUGCAUCAUCUAUAUUAUGGGACUGAAAGAGAUCCGUAUAAUCAUCAAAAAGGAUUUUUUUAUUCUCAUUUCAUUAGCAAUAUUUUAUCAACACCUUCUGACAUAAAAGAGUAUGGAAGAGACAUCGACAUGCGCGAUGUUGAAGCGGAUGGAUAUGUUUGGACUCAACGAAAGUUUUAUUGGAUACUUUUUAUCGUGUUUGGACUUCUACUACCCAUCAACGUGCCUAUGGAAUAUUGGGGUGAAUCGUUGGUUAAUUCUUUUCUGAUCAUUGGUGCAACACGACUGAUGAUAACUACAAACAUUUCUUGGCUUGUAAACAGUGCCUUGUUAGUCUGGGGACUAGAAAGAGGAGCUAAAUAUCCGGUUGACGAUAACUCUGUAUUCUUUUUGUCAAAAUCUUAUUGGCUAAAUUACCACUACCAGCUACCUUGGGAUUGGAAAAAUGACGAAUUUGGUACUUAUGAAAGAGGUUUCAACACUUUUAUCAUCAAAAUGUGGCGCGAACUCGGACUCAUCAAUGAGAUGAAGACCACUACCAGCAAUGAAGUACGAGACGCUCUUUGUAAAGUUGCCAUGUCAGAGAUGACAUUAGAAGAAGCUAAAGAUGAAUUGAAAAGAAACGCAGAGGCAGCAGCUUACAAGGAGAAGCUAAUGUUUCAUCACUAGGGAAAUAAAUUCGCAAGAAUGUCGCGAAUUAAUAAAAAAUAUGUAAUUAAAAUUUUUUUCGAUUUUUUUAAAUGUCAAUUAAAAUACAAAAUCUUUUGUAUAUUUAUUACCCAAGUAGCACAAAAAUAGCACUUUUUGAUGUAUUUCAAAACUUAUGAUUAUUCUUAUUACCUGAAGAAAAGGAAUUAAUAUAUAACAAACAUUAAUUAUUAAUAUAUAACAAACAUAAAACAAACAUUUUAUUAAAAUUGUAAUAAGACAAUAUAAAUCUAAUUUAUAUACAUUUCUCGAUCAUGAUCCACUCGUGACGUAUCGUUCUUGAAUUGAAAUAUGUAUAUACAUUAUAUAAAAUGACAUUCAUUGAAAAAUAAAUUUAACUAAUAAAAAAAGAUUAAAAUACCGAAUAAUCAUUUAUACUUUAUAACGUCAUAGAAUGUCUAUAUUGUUGCAACUGAAAAUGUAUAACAAUUUAAUAUUAUGAAAGUAUAAGAUAUUAAAAACAAGAAAGCAAUGUGCACACAAAA